AUGUUUAAGUACUGGUCAGCUGUUUUGUUUCUUGGAUUCAUUUUUUUGGAGUCAGAAGGAAGGCCAAGCAAAGAAGUAGGAUAUGGCCUUAAAUCUUAUCAACCUCUAAUAAGACUGCGACACAAGCAGGAAAAAAGUCAAGAAAGUUCAAGAAUCAAAGGAUUCCAUAUUCAGGAAGGCCCUUUGGUAUCUUGUGAAAAUAAAUACUGUGGUUUGGGAAGGCACUGUGUAAUCAGCAGAGAGACAGGGCAAGCAGAAUGUGCCUGCAUGAACCUUUGCAAACGGCACUACAAACCUGUGUGUGGAUCUGAUGGAGAAUUCUAUGCAAACCACUGUGAAGUGCACAGAGCUGCUUGCCUGAAGAAACAAAAGAUCAUCAUUGUUCACAAUGAAGACUGCUUCUUCAAAGGAGAUAACUGCAAGGCCACUGAAUACAGCAAGAUGAAAAGCAUGCUUUUAGAUUUACAAAAGCAAAAAUAUAUUACACAAGAAAAUGAAAACCCUAACGAUGAUGACAUAUCUCGGAAGAAGUUGUUGGUGGAUCAAAUGUUUAAAUAUUUUGAUGCUGACAGUAAUGGACUUAUUGAUAUGAAUGAACUAACUCAGGUGAUAAAGCAGGAAGAACUUCGCAAGGAUCAUUCAGAUUGUACUUUGUAUGAUCUACUGAAAUACGAUGAUUUUAACUCUGACAAGCAUCUGGCUCUUGAAGAAUUUUAUAGAAUAUUCCAGGUUAUCCAGUUGAGUCUGCCUGAAGAUCAGAAAGUAAGCAUUACAGCUGCAACUGUGGGACAAAGUGCUGUUCUGAGCUGUGCCAUUCAGGGAGCCCUGCGACCUCCCAUCAUCUGGAAGAGAAACAAUAUUAUUCUAAAUAGCUUAGAUUUGGAAGACAUCAAUGACUUUGGAGAUGAUGGAUCCUUGUAUAUUACUAAGGUUACCACAACUCACAUGGGCAACUAUACCUGCUAUGCAGAUGGCUAUGAACAAGUCUAUCAGACUCACAUCUUCCAAGUGAAUGUUCCUCCAGUGAUCCGGGUAUACCCAGAGAGUCAGGCCAGAGAGCCAGGGGUAACUGCAAGUUUGAGAUGCCAUGCAGAGGGCAUACCCAAUCCUCAGCUGGGUUGGCUGAAGAAUGGAAUUGAUAUUACACCAAAGCUGUCCAAACAACUCACACUGCAAGCAAAUGGCAGUGAGGUUCACAUAAGCAAUGUGCGCUAUGAAGAUACCGGAGCAUACACUUGUAUUGCAAAGAAUGAAGCAGGAGUGGAUGAGGACAUCUCUUCUCUUUUUGUAGAAGAUUCUGCUAGAAAGACCCUAGCUAACAUAUUAUGGAGAGAAGAAGGUCUGGGCAUUGGAAACAUGUUCUAUGUUUUUUACGAAGAUGGAAUCAAAGUGAUACAACCCAUAGAGUGUGAAUUUCAGAGGCACAUUAAGCCUAGUGAAAAGCUCCUCGGAUUUCAGGAUGAAGUUUGUCCCAAAGCUGAAGGAGAUGAAGUUCAGAAAUGUGUGUGGGCCUCAGCGGUUAAUGUCAAAGACAAGUUCAUUUAUGUUGCACAGCCAACCUUGGACAGAGUCCUAAUUGUUGAUGUGCAGUCCCAAAAGGUUGUUCAGGCAGUAAGCACAGACCCUGUCCCAGUUAAAUUACACUAUGACAGAUCACAUGAUCAGGUCUGGGUGCUAAGCUGGGGUACCUUGGAAAAGACUUCUCCAACACUUCAGGUAAUAACCCUGGCCAGUGGGAAUGUGCCUCACCACACCAUCCAUACCCAGCCCGUGGGAAAGCAGUUUGACCGAGUGGACGACUUUUUCAUUCCCACUACCACACUGCUCAUCACCCACAUGAGGUUCGGAUUUAUUCUUCAUAAAGAUGAAGCUGCGCUACAAAAAAUUGACCUUGAGACCAUGUCAUACAUCAAGACGAUUAACUUGAAGAUUUAUAAGUGUGUUCCUCAAUCGCUGGCCUAUACACACCUGGGAGGAUACUACUUCGUUGGCUGCAAGCCAGACAGCACGGGAGCAAUUCCCCCACAGCUCAUGGUGGACAGUGUAACCGACUCAGUCAUUGGAUUCAAUAGUGAUGUGACGGGCACUCCAUAUGUGUCUCCAGAUGGGCACUAUCUUGUCAGCAUUAAUGACGUGCAAGGUCUGGUGAGGGUCCAGUACAUUACCAUCAGAGGAGAAAUCCAGGAGGCUUUUGAUAUUCACACGAAUCUGCACAUAUCUGACCUGGCCUUCCAGCCGUCCUUUACUGAAGCCCAUCAGUACAACAUCUACGGGAGCUCCGGCACACAGACCGACGUACUCUUUGUGGAGCUCUCCUCGGGAAAAGUCAAGAUGAUAAAGAGCCUUAAGGAGCCACUCAAGGCAGAAGAAUGGCCUUGGAACCGGAAGAACAGGCAAAUCCAGGACAGUGGCUUGUUUGGGCAAUACCUGAUGACACCUUCCAAGGACUCUCUCUUUAUACUAGAUGGACGGCUCAAUAAGCUAAACUGUGAGAUCACUGAAGUUGGAAAAGGAAAUACAGUUAUUUGGGUUGGAGAUGCCUAG